CCAGAACAGCUACUAAAAGGACCUUGUGGAUUGGACCUUGUUUUUUAUUGGUUGAACCUUUGAUACAUGAAAGCUGAUUGGUUGAAUCAUGUUAAACAGCUUCUUCUACAUUUCGGAGUCUGGAGAGUGAUUCCUCUCCGACAGCAGCCGUUUACUGCAUCACCAGCAGCAGGAGCCAUUGUUUGGUCCUCGUCCCAAGUUGUUGUUUUAUCUCUCUAGAAUAAAAACCUUUGCUCACACACAAUCUUUCUGGAAGCACAAACAGCUGCUGAGCUCUGCAUUCUCCCUUUGCAGCGACACAAAGGCGACUCUGAAUUGUCCUCGCCGGCAGCCAAUGAGCUGGAAGCCCGGCGGCUCAGUGUCCACCGGCGGCCACGGGCCGGUGCCAGUUUCCAGCCGGACUCCCGCGGGUGUCGGGGUGGGGGGGCAAAAAGAAUUUUCUAAUCCGUCACCAUUGUGCCAAAUAUCUAUAAAAACUUAAUGUGCGGGAGAAGCUCUGUCUUCACAUGAGGGCCGUCAAAUUUCCAAAUCACUGUUCAUGAAAGAGUACAAAGAAAGAAAUGAAUGACCCUGAGGAUUUCAAGGAGAGCGAGAGUAGAAGCAAAGACCAAAUCGACGGCACAGGGAUGAGCCUGGGCAACAAGAAGGGAGUGAAGGUGACCGGGAAACAUGUGCCUCCUGUGGAUUGGAGCAGAAGAGGAGGAGGUCCGUCCAUCAUCCACUCUCCAACCAGCAGACCCAUUCCUCCAGAAAACCCCACCGUGAUCUCCAUUGGCCCUUUGCCUCACAGGCCCCCAGAGCGAGUGGGCGAUCGCCGGAUGGACGAACCCUCUGCUGGGGAGGACUGGACCGGGGAGGAUUCGUCUCACACCAGGGCGUCCUACGGUGAAAAGGGUGUCCCCAGGCAGACCAUGGAGGAGCUGAAGACCAUCCUGAGAGACAGUCCCCUGCUAAACAUCCGUCCGGUGAGAGACGACGGGAAGACAGGGAGUCCUUAUACGUACCUGCAUGGGAGCAGCAGCAGCAGGAGUGGUAGAGAUGAGAGUGGAAGGCCCGACGGACGACAGGAAGAUGGAAACCCCCAAAGGGUGUUCAGCACCUUCAAACCCCAGUCUGAGGCUUCCAGAAGGGGGCCCAGGUCCAGAGAGAGCACAUCCAUUCAGCCUUCCAACAUGGAUUCAUCCAGCUCGUUCAGGUCUGAUGCCAACACAAAUAGGCAGCCGGGAGUCAGCGGACACUCACAUGCGAGCGGUGGCCCCUGGGAAGAGACUGGAGCUUCUCAUUCAGAUAACGGGAACGACACGGUCGAGUUCUCCGGUAACCAGAGGUUCAUUGCAGCCAUGGAGCAGAUCAAGCAGCAGAUCGCCCGAGAGAACAUCAACUUUGUCCGCUUCGAGGCCACAGAUCUCCACGGGGUGUCCAGGUCCAAGACAGUGCCUGUUCGCUUCUUCCAUGAGAAAGCCGUAUACGGGGUUCCAAUGCCGAGAAGUUACCUGGAGCUAACGCUGAGCCCCAAGAGCAACGAAGUGGACAACGCCAGCGCCGCCAACUUCAGCAGUGAUAUCCUUUUGAUCCCCGACCUGUCGACCUUCAGGGUCCUACCCUGGGCCGAGCAGACGGCCCGGGUCAUCUGUGACCCCUGCACAGUGACAGGAAGCCCCCUCCGCACUUCACCACGCCUCAUCGCCAAGCAGCUCCUCGGCCAGCUCCAAAGCCUGGGGUUCUCCCUGCACUCCUCUUUCACCUACGAAUGCUGUGUCCUGGGAGCGCCGGACCGGAUCGGGCCGAAGACGCUCCUGUUCCCUGCUACCACCCUGCUGAGCAACCAUGACCUGCCUUUCUCCCAGCAGCUGGUGGACAGCAUGUACUGCAUGGGCGCAGACAUAGACAGCAUUGCCUCUGCCAGUGGGCCCGGCCAGAUGGAGAUCAUUCUGAGGCCAGAAUUUGGGAUAGCGGCUGCAGAUAGCGCCUUCACCUUCCGCACCGGUAUCAAAGAAAUGGCACGGAAACACAGCUACAUCGCCAGCUUCUUCACCGACGAUGGGCUGUACAAUGCAGGGGUGCUCUCCCACAGCUUGUGGGACGCUAAUGGCCGACGUAGCCUCUUCCACAGUGGGGAGAAGGCAGGCGAGCUGUCUGAGAUCGGCAGGAAAUGGCUGGCCGGGCUCCUCACCCACUCUGCCGCCCUGAGCUGCCUGAUGUCGCCCGGCCUCGGCUGCCGGAGCCACAUCGCCAAGACGAUCAAAGACCCCAAACGGAUGCUGUACGCCACCUGUGGCUGCAACGAUAACAGCAGCUCAUUCAACAUCAAAUUCCACGGUGGGAGGGAGACGCACAUUGACAACAAGCUGGGCUCGGCCAUGGCCAACCCUUACAUCGUGCUGGCCGCCACAGUGGCCGCCGGACUGGACGGCAUCAGGCGCAACCUGAACGUCGAGAGCCUGAACAAGGCGCCCAGUCAGCAGAAGGAAUUUGCCAUUCCGGUGAAGCUCGACGAUGCGCUGGAGGCGCUGGGGGACGACCACGUGAUCCGCAGCACCCUCGGGGAGCCGUUUGUCCAGUAUUUCAUCGCCAUGAAAAAGUUUGAGAUUGAGACCCAAGAGCUGGAUGACGAGAGGAACAAGUGCCUGGAGUAUUUUAUCUAGAAAGUCUCAUUGUUUCAUAACAUAUAUUUAUAUAACGCUGUUCCUGCUGCCAUAUAGGAGCAUGAGAAACAACAGCUUCAAUAUAAAAAUUGUUGAUUUCAUAUAUUAUGUUGAUACAUUAUCCUAAGAUUUUAGAUAUUUUUCAGAUUCAUUUUAAAAAUAAAGGUUUUAUAAAACUU